UACCUCAAGUGUAGAUAUCGCGGUAACGAGUUGGUGCUUCUGCUUCUUUAACGAACUUCUGUUAUUUUGUUAUUGUUCACGGUUCUCUUUGACAACAAACUGUUAUUACUUUGUAAUACGUUUCGCAAAAUUAAGGAAAAAGUAAGUGUGCAUUAUUGAAAAUAUGGGUGGCAUGACACAAAGACCGUGGACACCAACAAAGAGACGAGGUCCCAUCGCUGCAGAGUAUAGUAGCCCAGGUCCUGCUUGUGUAACAUUACCGCCAUUAAUCGGAAAAACUGCACCCGACUCGAAACGAGGCAGAGCACCAGCUUUUUCAUUUGGAAGCCGACAUGCGACAAAGAAUGGCAGUCCUGGUCCGGGUCCUGGUCAAUACAAUGUUUUCGGUCUCAGUGCCAAAGGAAAAGAAGCAGUACCAGCAUCAUCGUUACAUGGCCGCGUGAAAUCUAUGAAACAGGAAGUAACACCAGCGCCUGGCGAUUAUAAUCCAGAGAAAGCCGAAAAAAUUAUUCUGGACAGUUCGCCAAAAUAUUCAUUCGGCAUCAAAACUCAAACUGAGAAGAUCAGUUCUACUCCUGCGCCGAAUGACUAUUGCACCGAAAAAGUGAAUCUCGACAAAACCCCUGAGUACAGUUUCGGCUUGAAAUCUGUACUGGACAAACAGAUCGAUAUUCCUGCACCUGGAACUUAUUGUCCGGAAAAGGUAAGGUUGGACAAUACACCACAGUUCAGUUUCGGUCUGAGACCUCCCCUCGAAAAGCCAAGCGACACCCCAGCACCUGGUACGUAUAGUCCUGAAAAGGUAAACCUGGACAAAGGUCCUCAAUACAGUCUCACUGGAAAAGGUCGAGAGGAAAAACCUGACAACACCCCUGCGCCAGGUACGUAUAGUCCAGAGAAAGUGAAAUUGGAUACGACGCCGCAAUUUUCUUUUGGACUGAAAACACCUCUCGAAAAAACAGACACCACUCCAGCUCCUGGUACUUACAGUCCUGAAAAAGUUAAUUUGGAUAAGGGUCCCCAAUUUAGUUUAAGUGGAAAACUUUCUUAUGACAAACUAGAUAAUACUCCAGCACCAGGAACUUAUGCUCCUGAGAAAAUAAAUCUUGAUAAAGCACCGCAGUAUAGUUUUGGAUUAAGAACAUAUCUUGAUAAACCAAACACUAAUCCAGCACCUGGAGAUUACUGUCCAGAAAAGGUGAAUUUGAGUAAAGGACCAGAAUAUAGUUUAACUGGUAAAGGGCCUUCUGAAAAACCAAUUGAUACCCCUGCACCUGGAACAUACAGUCCUGAAAAAAUAAAUUUAAAUAAAGGUCCACAAUAUAGUUUGUAUGGAAAAGGAAUCUUAGAAAAACCAAAUGAUAAUCCAGCACCAGGAACAUAUAGUCCUGAAAAAAUAAAUUUGGACAUAGGUCCUCAAUUCAGUUUAUCUGGUAAAGGAUUACCAGAAAAAUAUAAUGACAAUCCAGCACCUGGAGCAUACUGUCCUGAGAAGGUAAAUUUAGAUAGAGGGCCCCAAUAUAGUUUAUCAGGAAAAGGAAUACCAGAAAAGCUUAAUGAUAAUCCAGGCCCUGCUGACUACUAUCCAGAGAAAAUAAUAAAUUUGGAACAUAAACCUUAUUUCAGUUUUGGUAAUAGAAAAUUUUUGGAUAGACCUAGGUAUACACCAGCACCUGGCACUUAUUCCCCAGAAAAGGUCAAUUUAGAUAAGUCACCACAAUACUCAUUUGGUUUAAAAUCAUCUGCUGAGAAAAUUAGCAAUGUACCUGCUCCAGGAAGUUACCACCCUGAAAAGGUAAAUUUAACUAAAUCACCCCAAUAUAGUUUUGGAAUUAAGCCUGAAAUACAUGAAAUGGAUUCUAUACCAGGUCCAGGUGAAUACAGUCCUGAAAAAGCUAUGCUUUUAUUGGAAAGAGCAAUGCGAUUUACUUUUGGUCUUAGAACAAGUAUAAAUAGACCAAAUGAUAUUCCAGCACCAAAUGUUUACAACAUUCCUUCUGCCAUUGGUGGAACUAAAGAAGGAAAUAAAAAAACAGCACCGGCUUACUCAAUCUCGGGUAGACAGAAAAUUUCUAUGGAUGAUCGUAUUUUAGUUCCUGGACCUGGGACAUAUGAAGUUGUUAAACCAGAUGCAGUUAGAGUGAAAAGUCCUGCUUAUAGCAUAAGUGCCCGCUAUCAACUGCCUGAUGAUCAUUCACAGAUUCCAGGACCUGGAGCUCAUUGCCCAGAAAAAGUAAUUCUUGACAUUCCUCCAGCACAUUCAUUUGGCAUUAGACAUUCACCAUAUAUAUGCAACCUGAAGGACGUCGUUUAUUAAUAUAAAAACCUAUCGUAACUCGUUUUUCUGUCAUUACUUUACCUCAAGA